AUGGAUUAUACCACAAAGAGGAGCUACAAGAAGAUCGACAUCGAGCCGUACUACAUUGGAUCGGCCAACGCAACGGUUUCCGGGGACGGACUCGUGCUGGCGACCGCGGUGCUCGAAGAUGUCGUCGUGGUGAAUAGAGAAACAGACGAGGUUGUUCAUCAGAUACAAGGAGACGGAGACGUUGUGACCGCUUUGCAGCUGACUCCGGACGGAAACGAGCUGGCGAUAGUAUCCCAAUCGCAGCAGUUGCGGAUCUUUGAUCUGCAGCAGAGCAAGUUUGUGAAAACGUUCAAACUGCCCGCUGCUUCGUACAUUUCCAGCGUUGAUCCCACUUCUUCGCUGUUUGCAUUUGGUCUCACGGACGGUAGUGUUAUUGUUUGGGAUAUUGAGGGUUCGUUCAUCACACACAACUUUAAAGGCCAUCCGUCGACGGUUUCGGCGUUGCGGUUCUUCGGUAGACUCGACUCCAAGGACUGGAAGCUGGCCAGUGGAGACAUCAUGGGAACGGUCAAGGUUUGGGACCUGGUGAAACGCAAAUGUUUGCACACAAUGAAAGAACACUCGGCGACGGUGCGAGGUGUCGCAUUCAACGAGACAGGCGACUAUUUCAUCACCAGUGGAAGAGAUAACGUCGUGAUAAUGUAUAGUACAAAGUCGUGGAAAGAGGUGAAGACGGUGCCCGUUUCGCAGUCUGUGGAGGCUUGUGGGUUUUUCGAGGUUGACGGCAAGGAAUUGGUGUACACUGCGGGCCAGUAUGGGAUCAUGAAGGUCUGGGACAUGGACCUGGAGAAAUUGGUUGCAACCACAAAGGUCCCGUUGGAAACCACUGAGGAACUCAAUGUGAUGGAUGUCUUGCUGCUAGACCAAGGCCUGGACUCGGUGCUGCUGGUUUUCUCCGACCAGACGAUCGUCGAAGUGGACCUCGAGCUCCAGAACGGUGUCUUCCCUUCGGUGCGUGUCAUGGCAGGUAACCACGGAACAAUUGCCGACAUGAGAUAUGUUGGACCGAAUUUCGACAAGCUGGCAUUGGCUACCAACUCUCCAGCGCUGAGAAUUGUCGAUCUUUCCCAGAAACCGCUGGACGUGGUGCUGUGCGAGGGCCACACUGACUUGCUGAACGCUCUGGAUUGCACCACCGACGGUCUUUGGGUGGCCACCGGAGCCAAGGACAACACCGCGAGACUUUGGCGGUAUGACGAUGUUGCAGGGUUCGUUUGUCAGGCUGUUUUCGAAGGCCACAUCUCGUCGGUCACCGCUGUGGGGCUACCUAGAACGCCUGUUAACGAGUACCCACGGUUUUUGAUCACCGCUUCGGAGGACCUCACCAUCAAGAAGUGGACGGUUCCAAAACCAGCUGACGAGGUUGUGCACGUGAAAAAUUCGGACUACACCAGAAAAGCGCACGACAAGAUGAUCCACUCGAUCGAUAUCAGUCCAAACAACGACCUGCUGGCGACCGCGAGCCACGACAAGAACGCCAAGAUCUGGGACCUCCAGGCGGGCGAGACGGUUGGUGUGUUGAAGGGCCACAAAAGACCCGUGUACGACAUCACGUUCUGCGCGUACGACCGGCUUGUGGUGACCGGGUCUGGCGACCAGAUGGCCAAGGUGUGGUCGUUGGACGACCUGACGUGUGUCAAGACGUUCCAGGGCCAGGCGAACGCGAUCCAAAGAGUCUCGUUUCUGGCCAAGAACCAGUUUGUGGUUGGGGCCGGUGCGGACGGGCUGAUCAAGGUGUGGGAGGUGUCGAGCGGCACGUGUGUGCAGACGCUGGACAACCACGACAACCGGAUCUGGGCGCUGUGCUUGAAGAACGACGGAAACGAGUUUGUGUCUGCGGACGCGGACGGGGCGAUCACCGUGUGGCAGGACAACACCGAGGAGGUGCAGGAGCUGGAGGCCGAGAACCGCAAGCUUAGAGUGGAGCAGGAGCAGUCGCUGGAGAACUAUAUCAGCGACAAGGACUGGGUGAAUGCAUUCAAGCUUGCUCUGAAGCUCAACCACCCAAUGCGGCUGUACAAGGUGUUGCAAGCGAGUAUUGCGCAGGGCGACGAGGGCUCGUGCAUUGGGUCGCGUGCGAUCGAGGCGACGAUCCCAGAGCUGGCGGACGACGAGGUGGUUUUGCUGUUCAAGCGCGUGCGCGACUGGAACACCAACGCACGCCAUUUCGAGGUGGCCCAGAAACUGAUCAAGGCCAUUCUGCAAAACUACCCGGUGGACAAACUGUACGAGAUCCCCGGUCUGAUGGGGCUUGUGGACGGCAUCUUGCCCUACAGCGAGCGCAACUACACGCGUGUGGACGACCUGGUUGAACAGAGCUUCAUUCUGGACUACGUGGUGCAGAAGAUGGACGAGGUGGUGUAA